UAUAGUCAAUAUGUGGUCCAUAAUUCUGUGCUUUGUAAUUGGAAUCGAGCUUGCUAUCGCUGCCGAUGCACCAAAAGUAAAAGUCGACCUAUACUAUGAAUCUUUGUGCCCUUACUGUCGUGCGUUUAUUGCGAAGCAGUUAUGGCCAACGUAUGAAAAAGUCAAGGACAUAAUGGAUAUUACCCUGAUCCCUUUUGGAAAUGCUUAUAAAAAGAAUAAGAAUGGUACCCUCUCAUUUUCCUGUCAACAUGGUCCUAAUGAAUGCAUUGGUAACGUGAUCGAGGCAUGUGCAAUCGAGCAUAUCAAGAAUUUCGACGAGUAUUUCCCCUACAUUACCUGCAUGGAGAAAGAUAUCGUAUUUGGCCCAGAGAAGAGUGCUCGUAUGUGUGCCGUAAACACUACCCUACCAUUAGCCGACAUCCUGACAUGCUCUAAAGGACGAGAGGGCUUGAACCUUGAAGAUCAAGCUGCGAACAGAACCAACUCCCUAAUCCCUAAGAAAAAAUAUGUACCAUGGGUUGUACUCAAUGGGGAACACACACAGAAAAUAAGUAAUAGAGCUUUGAGCAACCUCUUGGGGUUAGUUUGUUCCACAUAUAAGGGCACCAAACCAGCACCGUGUUCAGCUAAGCACCAUGUUAUUGGAUAGAGAAACUGAUCGCUAAUAAACGUAGCUAAUUCUUUAAUAU